CGGGACCCCGCGCUCCAGCAGCCAUGGGCACCGGAGCUGGGCGGGGGGCGGCGACCGCGCCGCUGCUGGUGGCGGUGGCCGCGCUGCUGCUGGGUGCCACGGGCCACCUGUACCCCGGAGAGGUGUGCCCUGGCAUGGAUAUCCGGAACAACCUCACGAGGUUGCAUGAGCUGGCCAACUGCUCGGUCAUUGAAGGACAUUUGCAGAUACUGUUGAUGUUCAAAACGAGGCCCGAGGAUUUCCGAGACCUCAGUUUCCCCAAACUCAUCAUGAUCACUGAUUACUUGCUGCUUUUCCGGGUCUAUGGGCUGGAGAGUCUGAAGGACCUGUUCCCCAACCUCACGGUCAUCCGGGGCUCGCGUCUCUUCUUCAACUAUGCGCUGGUCAUCUUCGAGAUGGUUCACCUGAAGGAGCUUGGCCUCUACAGCUUGAUGAACAUUACCCGGGGCUCCGUCCGCAUUGAGAAGAACAAUGAGCUCUGCUACCUGGCCACCAUCGACUGGUCGCGCAUCCUGGAUUCUGUGGAGGAUAAUUACAUUGUGCUGAACAAAGAUGACAACGAGGAGUGUGGGGACAUUUGUCCAGGCACUGCAAAGGGCAAGACCAACUGCCCCGCCACUGUCAUCAACGGGCAGUUUGUCGAGCGGUGUUGGACACACAGCCACUGCCAGAAAGUUUGUCCCACCAUCUGCAAGUCGCACGGCUGCACCGCCGAGGGUCUCUGCUGCCACAGCCAGUGUUUGGGCAAUUGCUCCGAGCCCGACGACCCCACCAAGUGCGUGGCCUGUCGCAACUUCUACCUGGAUGGCAGGUGCGUGGAGACCUGCCCGCCCCCAUACUACCACUUCCAAGACUGGCGCUGCGUGAACUUCAGCUUCUGCCAGGACCUGCACAACAGAUGCAAGAACUCCCGGAGACAGGGCUGCCACCAAUACGUCAUUCACAACAGCAAGUGCAUCCCCGAGUGCCCCUCUGGCUACACGAUGAAUUCCAGCAACCUGAUGUGCACUCCAUGCCUGGGCCCCUGUCCCAAAGUCUGCCACAUCCUGGAGGGCGAGAAAACCAUUGACUCGGUGACAUCUGCCCAGGAGCUCCGAGGCUGCACUGUUGUCAACGGAAGCCUCAUCAUCAACAUCCGAGGGGGCAACAACCUGGCAGCUGAGCUGGAGGCCAACCUAGGACUCAUUGAAGAAAUUUCCGGGUAUCUGAAGAUCCGGAGAUCCUACGCUCUUGUGUCACUUUCUUUUUUCCGGAAGUUACGGCUAAUUCGAGGAGAGACCUUGGAAAUCGGGAACUACUCUUUCUACGCCUUGGACAACCAGAACCUAAGGCAGCUCUGGGACUGGAGCAAACACAACCUCACCAUCACUCAGGGGAAACUCUUCUUCCACUACAAUCCCAAACUCUGCUUGUCAGAAAUUCACAAGAUGGAGGAAGUUUCAGGAACCAAGGGGCGCCAGGAGAGGAACGACAUUGCCCUGAAGACCAAUGGGGACCAGGCGUCUUGUGAAAAUGAACUCCUUAAAUUUUCUUACAUUCGGACAUCGUAUGACAAGAUCUUGCUGAAAUGGGAGCCGUACUGGCCCCCUGACUUCCGAGACCUCCUGGGGUUCAUGCUUUUCUACAAAGAGGCCCCUUAUCAGAAUGUGACCGAGUUCGACGGGCAGGACGCGUGUGGCUCCAACAGCUGGACGGUGGUGGACAUUGACCCGCCUCUGCGGUCCAAUGACCCCAAGUCGCAGAACCACCCAGGGUGGCUGAUGCGGGGUCUCAAGCCCUGGACCCAGUAUGCCAUCUUCGUCAAGACCUUGGUCACCUUUUCUGAUGAACGCCGCACGUAUGGGGCCAAGAGUGACAUCAUCUAUGUGCAGACAGAUGCCACUAACCCUUCUGUCCCCCUGGAUCCAAUCUCCGUUUCUAACUCCUCGUCCCAGAUUAUUCUGAAGUGGAAGCCUCCCUCUGAUCCCAAUGGCAACAUCACACACUACCUGGUUUUCUGGGAGAGGCAGGUAGAAGACAGUGAGCUGUAUGAGCUGGAUUACUGCCUCAAAGGGUUGAAGCUGCCCUCCCGGACCUGGUCUCCGCCGUUCGAGGCCGAGGGCUCCCAGAAGCACAACCAGAGUGAAUACGAGGAGUCUGCCGGCGAAUGUUGCUCCUGCCCCAAGACGGACUCUCAGAUCCUCAAGGAGCUGGAGGAGUCCUCUUUUAGGAAGACCUUUGAGGAUUACCUGCACAAUGUGGUGUUCGUCCCCAGAAAAUCCUCUUCAAGCCCUGGUGCUGAGGACACUAGGCCAUCGCGGAAACGCCGGGCCCUCGGGGACGUUGCCAACGUGACGGCGGCCGCGCCCACGGUUCCGGGUUUCCCCAACACCUCGACCAGCGCACCCACGAGCCCAGAGGAGCACAAGCCCUUCGAGAAAGUGGUGAACAAAGAAUCCCUGGUCAUCUCUGGGCUGCGCCACUUCACUGGCUAUCGCAUCGAGCUGCAGGCUUGCAACCAAGACUCCCCCGAGGAGAGGUGCAGCGUGGCGGCCUACGUGAGCGCCAGGACCAUGCCUGAAGCCAAGGCAGAUGAUAUUGUUGGCCCCGUGACCCACGAAAUCUUCGAGAACAAUGUUCACCUGAUGUGGCAGGAGCCAAAGGAACCCAACGGUCUGAUCGUGCUGUAUGAAGUGAGUUACCGGCGCUAUGGUGAUGAGGAGCUGCACCUCUGUGUCUCCCGCAGACAUUUUGCUCUGGAGCGGGGCUGCAGGCUGCGUGGGCUGCCGCCGGGGAAUUACAGCGUGCGAGUCCGGGCCACCUCCCUGGCGGGCAACGGCUCGUGGACAGAAGCCACCUAUUUCUACGUGACAGACUAUUUAGAUGUCCCGUCGAAUAUUGCAAAAAUCAUCAUCGGCCCCCUCAUCUUUGUCUUUCUCUUCAGUGUUGUGAUUGGAAGUAUUUACCUGUUCCUGAGAAAGAGGCAGCCGGAUGGGCCACUGGGACCGCUGUACGCGUCUUCAAACCCCGAGUACCUCAGUGCCAGUGACGUCUUCCCAUGUUCUGUGUAUGUGCCGGACGAGUGGGAGGUGCCUCGGGAGAAGAUCACGCUCCUGCGUGAGCUGGGGCAGGGCUCCUUCGGCAUGGUGUACGAAGGCAACGCGAGGGACAUUGUCAAGGGCGAGGCGGAGACCCGCGUGGCGGUGAAGACGGUCAACGAGUCGGCCAGUUUGCGAGAGAGGAUCGAGUUUCUCAACGAGGCCUCAGUCAUGAAGGGCUUCACCUGUCAUCACGUGGUCCGCCUCCUGGGGGUGGUGUCCAAAGGCCAGCCAACGCUGGUGGUGAUGGAGCUGAUGGCUCACGGCGACCUGAAGAGCUACCUCCGCUCCCUGCGGCCGGAGGCUGAGAAUAACCCCGGCCGCCCUCCCCCUACCCUGCAAGAGAUGAUUCAGAUGGCGGCGGAGAUUGCCGACGGGAUGGCCUACCUGAAUGCCAAGAAGUUUGUGCACCGAGAUCUCGCAGCCCGAAACUGCAUGGUCGCCCACGAUUUCACCGUCAAAAUUGGAGACUUUGGGAUGACCAGAGACAUCUAUGAAACGGAUUACUACCGGAAAGGAGGCAAGGGUCUGCUCCCCGUGCGGUGGAUGGCACCGGAAUCCCUGAAGGACGGGGUCUUUACCACUUCUUCUGACAUGUGGUCCUUCGGCGUGGUCCUUUGGGAAAUCACCAGCUUGGCAGAACAGCCUUACCAAGGCCUGUCUAAUGAACAGGUGUUGAAAUUUGUCAUGGAUGGAGGGUAUCUGGAUCAACCCGACAAUUGUCCAGAGAGAGUCACCGACCUGAUGCGAAUGUGCUGGCAGUUCAAUCCUAAGAUGCGGCCCACCUUCCUGGAGAUCGUCGACCUGCUCAAGGACGACCUGCACCCCAGCUUUCCAGAAGUGUCCUUCUUCCACAGUGAGGAGAACAAGGCGCCUGAGAGUGAGGAGCUGGAGAUGGAGUUCGAGGACAUGGAGAGUGUCCCCCUGGAUCGGGCCUCACACGCUCAGAGGGAGGAGGCCGGGGGCCGGGAUGGAGGGUCCUCACUGGGCCUAAAGCGGAACUAUGAGGAGCAUAUCCCCUACACCCACAUGAACGGGGGCAAGAAAAACGGACGGAUCCUGACUCUGCCGAGGUCGAAUCCUUCCUAACAGCGCCUGUUUUGGGGAGUGGUUCCCAUCUUCGCUUUCCUCUGGUUUGAAGGCCUCCAGAAAACUCAGGAUUCUCCUAUGAAUCUGCCACAGUGUCAGACGGAGCUCAGAGAUCAUUACUAUCCAUUGAUGUUCAUCUAUGACUUAAAAACACAUGUGUCUGACUGCCAAUUUGACAGGCUGUCAGAGAACUGAACUGUGACCCUAGAGGAGAAGGGGUUUCCUCAGCUGCUGUCCUUGUAGGCAACUGCGGUUUUAAGCCAGGAUGUUACUAUUUUUUUUUCUAGUAGAUUGAGAGCAAGCACCUGUUUUUACAAAUCUUCUUCUUCUUUUUUUCUUCCUGGUGUCUGAGCUACAGUAUAAAGCAUAAAACUUGUUUGUGGAACAAAAGUUUGAAAGAAAGAAAAAAAAAACAAAACAAAAACCCAACCCUGUUCCAGUAGAAUUUCAGGCUUUCUGGAGUGGGCUUCAGGAAGGUUUUUUUUCUCAUCCAGGCUGAAGGAUUUUUUUUUUUUCUUCACAAAAUCAGUUCCUCAAAUUGACCAAUAGCUGCUGCUUUUAUACUUUUGAUAAGGAUCUGCAGUCCCAGUGUGUGGCUCACGAGUCUCCGCGUGUGUGCGUGUGUCUAUAUGUCCAGGCUAGACAGGGCUGGUCAGUGUGUGUGUGUGUGUGCAAAGCGUUCAUGCUGAGUUGACGCUUUGAGGGUCGGCUCAUGAAGGUUCUGCUCUUCUUGAGCUCCUGAUCCUCCCAUCUCCUUCCUUCUUAUUUACUGGGAGACUGUGCCCUCCACAGAUUGUUCUGCCCCAAGCCUAGUCUCAGGAGUCUUUUCUCCCUUAACUUUGGUGAAAAAUGUUUCCCAGGAGCCAAGGGAGUAGUUUGGAGUGAUAGUGGAUCUUUUCAAGACCAAACAAAGCUAGGACAAAAAAAAGACAAAAAGAAAAAAAAAAAAAAAAAAAGAACUGAGAUGAUUAAGAGUUUUGAGAAUAUAUUUGUAACAUAUUUAAUUUUUUAAAACUCUCCAACGUCAGCCUCAUAAGUUAUUAACUGUUUCCCGGGGUUGGGGGAGGGCUUGUGGAUUGGUCUGCCUGUGUGCAGAGGGGGAGCGAGGCACCAGUUGCUGAUCUGUUUGGUCUUAAAGGCAUCCACUUUUCUGGGAAUAAAGCCACAUUAGCUGCUGA